UACCGCCGCAAAACGAGAUUUGAUUGUGCCGUUUUUUAUAUACAUCUUUCGGUCACAUUACGCACUAAAUUGUGAGCUUUGUAACGUUAUAAAUAAAACUGGCGCGAAAUCUGAGCGGCUUCUCAAAAACUGCGUACCGCAAGCGUUUGUGAUUUAAUGUCGCCAGUUGCGUUGUUAAGCCGCAGGAAUACAAUCAUACUCAACGUCGUCAAUAGAUGGCGCAAAGUGCACAUUGCAGCUGGUGAAGCGGCUGCCAAGCGUAUUAACAAUCAUAACAGCAAUAAUAGAUUCCUCGAUAGUCAGCUACAAGGCACGCUCAGCAAUUUUCGCACAUAUCAAACCUUUAAAGCCAUGGAUGCACCGAAAAAUGUGUUUAGUGGCGUAACAGAUCGCUUCGGUGGUGUUACCGUCGACGGCAAGCAAGAGACGAACCUCGAUCACACACAGUUCAAAGAAAAACUGCAGAAAUCACUGGAUUAUUGGUUGGCGAACAAGAAGCGUGCGAUUUGGUUUCGCGUCUACAAGGAGCAAGCCGAUUGGGUUCCCAUUCUAGCCGCCUCUGGCUUUGAUUUUCAUCAUGCACGCACCGGUGUCGUCAUCAUGUAUCGCUGGCUGCCCACCGACGAAUCCUCCAAUUUGCCACAUUAUGCUCACACACUGCUAGGUGUCGGCGGUUUGGUAAUCAACGAGAAGAACGAGGUGUUGGUUGUAUCGGAUCGUCAUGCCAUCAUGGCAAACAUGUGGAAACUGCCCGGCGGUUAUGUGGAACCAAAUGAGAAUCUAGUGGAUGCCGUGGUGCGUGAGGUGGAGGAGGAAACAGGCGUACGCACCACAUUCACAUCGAUGAUUUGUAUGCGGCAUUCGCACAGCGGCAACUUUGGAUGCUCCGACAUUUACAUUGUGAUGGGCUUGAAACCCAUUAAUCUGGAUUUGACGCCCUGCAGUCGUGAGAUUGAGCGUGUGCGUUGGAUGCCACUCGACGAAUACUUUGUCAAUCCCGAGGUACUCGAGACGAAUCGUUUGGUAGCACGCACUUAUCUGGACAAUCGGAAGCGUGGCGUCGACUUUACGUGCGCCAAUAUGGUGCAUCAGGUGCUGAAGAAGGAGUAUCAGUUAUACUUCGUGAAGGAGAAGGAGGAGGAAUCCAAUAAGUGAUCGAUAGUGGUCUAUACAAAAAGUGCCAAAUACGGGAAAUUCAAUUGCUUGAUUUGUAAUUUGUACAAAGUGCUGAACUUUCGUUUUUUUCUUUUGUUUUGUAGUAAA